AUGGACAUUGCCCAUAUUUUUGUAGGAAGACAGUGGUUGUAUGAUUUGGAUGUCUCACAUAAUGGACGAUACAACACUUAUUCAUUUAGGUGUAAUGGAAAAAGAAUUAUUUUGAAUCCAUUAGAGCCAAAAUGUGAGAAAAAGAAGAAGGAAAAGAAAGAAACUAGUGGUGAAUCCUUGAACACCAUAAGUAAAAAACUGCGUGAGCAGGAAAAUCAAGAUACACAGGUAGUGGCAGUGGAUGUUACCAAGAGGAUUGAAAUACCCCUUCCUGAAAAAGAAACAUCCUUAGAAGUAUCAACCCUACCUUCUGAGAUUAAGGAUGUCAUUUCUAGUGAGUUACCUCCUGUAAGAAAAAUUCCACAUGUCAUGGAUCUUGUUCCUUAUUCAUCUCUGCGCCAUUUACCACAUCCUAGAGUAAACUCGAGAGAACAUGAGAUCUUGAUGAAACAAUUGAAUGAAUUGAAGGAAAUUGACUUUGUUCAUAAGAGUUUAGGUCCACUUGCCUGCCCUACUUUCCCUAAUCCUAAGGAAGAUAACACGUUGAGCAUAUGCAUCGAUAAUAGAGCAAUUAACAAGAUUGUCAUUGAGAAUAGUCAUUGA